GCUAGGGUUUUCUCACUACAUUUCUCGGAGCCUCUACUUCAGCAGAAACCCUAGUGCCCCUGCGCUUGUUUCAAUCAGAGAUGGCUGAGGCUAAAGGUAAUGUGGUAGUUCCGGAGUCAGUUUUGAAGAAGCAGAAGAGGGCUGAAGAGUGGGCCCUUGCAAAGUCGAAAGAGGUUGAAGAGGCAAAGAAGAAGAAAGCUGAGACCCGAAAGUUGAUCUGCAAGAAAGCAAGAGUAUAUGCAAAGGAGUAUGAGCAACAAGAGAAGGAAUUGAUUCAGUUGAAGCGUGAAGCCAGAUUGAAGGGUGGCUUCUAUGUCAACCCAGAAGCUAAGCUUUUGUUCAUCAUCAGAAUCCGCGGAAUUAAUGCAAUGCACCCAAGGACCAAGAAAAUUCUGCAGCUUCUCAGAUUGCGGCAGAUCUUUAAUGGCGUCUUUUUGAAAGUGAACAAAGCUACGAUGAACAUGCUGCACAGGGUUGAGCCUUAUGUCACAUAUGGGUACCCCAAUCUAAAAAGUGUCAAGGAGUUGAUUUACAAGAGGGGUUAUGGAAAAGUAAACAAGCAAAGAAUUGCUUUGACUGACAACUCGAUAAUUGAGCAGGUACUGGGCAAGUAUGGAAUAAUUUGCGUGGAAGAUCUCAUUCACGAGGUCAUGACUGUGGGGCCCCAUUUCAAGGAAGCAAACAACUUCUUGUGGCCAUUCCAACUGAAGGCACCUCUCGGUGGUUUGAAGAAGAAGAGGAACCAUUAUGUUGAAGGUGGUGAUGCUGGUAACCGCGAGGAUUACAUUAAUGAACUCAUCAGGAGGAUGAACUAAGUUUUCCUGCAGAUCUGCUUUGCCUAGACUUUGUUUUUUGUUAAAUUUUCAAGACUUCUGCAGAGUUAUGUCAUUAGAACCAGAGGUUUAUGCUUGAAUUUUGUAGUUAUUAUUUGAGAUAUGACCCUCAAAGUUGAAUCAACUGCAAUUUUGCAUUUUCUCCAAGACUUGGGUUUAGCUGAUUAUUGCCUAUUUAAUAGUAAUGUGUUGUUUUGGGUAUGUUUGCUGUAGUCUUGUAUUGUUUUUC